AUGGAUGUCUUCCCGGCCUAUUUGGCUCUUUGGGCUUACUUGGUCCCCGGGGUUCUGUCCGCCCCCGGGGCGGAGACUGUGACACCACGAGCCUCUACAGAAGCUUACUCCCCUCCAUAUUACCCGGCCCCGAAUGGAGGAUGGGUCUCCGAAUGGGCCAGUGCCUACGAGAAGGCGCACCGUGUCGUAAGUAACAUGACCUUGGCCGAGAAGGUGAAUCUCACUAGCGGUACGGGUAUCUUCAUGGGUCCUUGUGCCGGCCAGACGGGCAGUGCUCUCCGGUUUGGGAUCCCUAACCUGUGCCUUCAUGAUUCGCCUCUCGGAGUCCGCAAUUCGGACCACAAUACGGCAUUCCCGGCCGGCAUCACGGUUGGGGCAACUUUUGACAAGGACCUGAUGUACGAGCGCGGAGUCGGUCUUGGCGAAGAGGCGCGAGGAAAGCCCCGGGGAGGCCGCAAUUGGGAGGGGUUUGGGGCAGACCCCAGUCUACAGGCCUUUGGGGGCUCGUUGACCAUCAAAGGAAUGCAAAGCACCGGUGCCAUUGCCUCGCUCAAGCAUCUUAUCGGCAACGAGCAGGAGCAGCAUCGGAUGAGCAGUGUUGUCACGCAGGGUUAUUCGUCCAAUAUUGAUGACCGGACUAUGCAUGAACUGUACCUGUGGCCAUUCGCCGAAAGUGUAAGAGCCGGUGCUGGUUCGGUCAUGAUUGCGUAUAACGAUGUGAAUAGAUCCACCUGCAGCCAGAAUAGCAUGCUCAUCAAUGGAAUCCUCAAGGACGAACUGGGCUUCCAGGGCUUUGUCAUGACCGACUGGCUGGCUCACCUUGGUGGGGUUUCGUCUGCGCUGGCUGGUCUGGACAUGAGCAUGCCGGGGGACGGGGCCAUCCCUCUCUUGGGCACGAGUUACUGGGCGUGGGAGCUGUCGCGCUCCGUGCUCAAUGGCUCGGUCCCGGUUGAGCGUCUGAACGACAUGGUCACGCGAAUUGUCGCAACAUGGUACAAAAUGGGGCAGGACAAAGACUAUCCGCUACCAAACUUCUCCUCCAACACCGAGGAUGCGACUGGACCGUUGUAUCCCGGCGCCUUGUUUUCCCCGAGUGGCGUUGUCAAUCAGUACGUCAAUGUCCAGGGCAACCACAAUAUCACGGCUCGUGCGAUCGCCAGAGACGCAAUCACGCUGCUGAAGAAUAAUGAUAAUGUCCUGCCUCUGAAGCGGAAUGACAGCUUGAAGAUCUUCGGCACCGAUGCCGGCACCAAUCCGGACGGAAUCAACUCUUGCGCUGAUAAAGGCUGCAACAAAGGCGUCCUGACCAUGGGCUGGGGAAGCGGGACCUCCAGACUGCCCUAUCUCGUUACGCCGCAAGAAGCGAUAGCGAAUAUCUCAUCCAAUGCCGAGUUCCACAUCACGGACACGUUUCCAUUGGGCAUCUCCGCAGGCCCCGAUGACAUUGCAAUUGUCUUCAUCAACUCAGACUCCGGCGAGAACUACAUCACCGUGGACGGCAAUCCAGGAGACCGUACGUUGGCAGGGUUAAAUGCGUGGCACAAUGGUGACAAGCUUGUCAAAGCCGCCGCCGAGAAGUUCUCCAACGUAGUCGUGGUGGUGCAUACCGUAGGACCCAUCCUGAUGGAAGAAUGGAUCGAUCUAGACUCCGUCAAAGCGGUGCUCGUCGCUCACCUACCGGGACAGGAGGCAGGCUGGUCACUAACCGACAUUCUUUUCGGGGACUACAGCCCGAGCGGCCAUCUGCCCUACACCAUCCCUCGUAAUCCAAGACGACUACACCGAGGGCCUCUACAUCGACUACCGACACUUCCUGAAAGCAAACAUCACCCUCGCUACCCAUUCGGCCACGGCCUCUCUUACACCCAAUUCAACUUCACCGAACCCAACCUAUCCAACAUCACACCCUUAGACACAGCCUACCCCGCCGCACGACCCCCCAAAGGCUCCACGCCAGUAUACCCCAACACCAAGCCAGCCGCGUCCGAAGCCGCCUGGCCCAAGAACUUCAACCGCAUCUGGCGCUACCUCUACCCCUACCUCGACAACCCGGAAGGCGCAGCCGCCAACUCCUCCAAGACAUACCCCUACCCAGACGGCUACACGACGGAGCCCAAGCCCGCGCCUCGCGCCGGCGGAGCCGAAGGAGGCAACCCGGCCUUAUGGGACGUGGCCUUUUCGGUCCAGGUCAAGGUGACGAACACGGGGUCUCGGGAUGGCCGUGCCGUUGCGCAGCUGUAUGUCGAAUUACCCAGUAGCCUGGGACUGGACACGCCGUCUCGACAGCUGCGGCAGUUCGAGAAGACCAAGAUCUUGGCAGCGGGGGAGAGCGAGGUGCUUACGUUGGAUGUCACGCGCAAGGACCUGAGUGUGUGGGAUGUUGUGGUGCAGGACUGGAAGGCGCCUGUCAACGGGGAGGGCGUUAAGAUCUGGGUUGGAGAGAGCGUUGCGGAUUUGCGGGUUGGUAUACCAGAUGCUCUUGAGAAGUAUCCCGACAGUCAAAGCUCCGGCUUCCUCAAGGCCCUCGAUUCCUAUAGAGUUACACCGAGAAGUCUAUGUAAAAUGCUCGCGAUCAUGAAGAGCUUUUUCACUAAGAGCAAACUGCUGGAGAAACCAACCUCCGACAUGUCUCCCGACUUAAUGAAGGAGGAGUCCUAUUCAACUGGAACCCUCAGACACUCCCAGGGCGGCGACCAGCAAGACGAGACUCAAUAUCCCGGACCACUCAAGCUGACUCUCAUCGUGCUAAGCUUGAACCUUGCCAUGUUCCUCGUAGGACUCGAUAAUACCAUCAUUUCGAGUGCCAUCCCGAAGAUUACUGACCAAUUCCACGCCCUCAACGACGUAGGCUGGUAUGCCAGCGCCUACCUCCUCACGAACUGCGCCUUCCAAUUGGUCUGGGGGAAGCUGUUCACCUUCUACGUCGUAAAAUGGGUCUACCUCACGGCACUGUUCAUUUUCGAAUUGGGAUCGCUGAUCUGUGCCGUAGCCCCUAGCUCGACAGCUCUGAUUGUAGGUCGUGCCAUUGCAGGCAUCGGUGGCGGUGGUGUCGGAAACGGUUCCUUCCUGCUCAUCGCUCACUGUGUGCCGCCACGCCAACGUCCGGUGCUCAUCGGCAUGAUGGGCUCCAUGUACGGCAUUGCGUCAAUCGCAGGCCCUCUGAUGGGAGGUGCCUUCACGGACAACAUCUCCUGGAGAUGGUGUUUCUACAUUAACCUGCCUCUUGGGGUGCUUCCCGCUGUCAUCAUUACCUUCUUCAUCGCCUCCUUCCGCGGUAGCAACAAGGGCGAGGUCGGUUUCCUCAACCAGCUCAAGCAGAUGGAUCUCGCAGGCACCGCGUGUCUUUUGCCCGGUGUCAUCUGCCUGCUGCUCGCCCUCCAGUGGGGCGGCUCCACCUACCCCUGGAAGAAUGGCCGCAUCAUCGCUCUGUUUGUGCUAGCCGGCCUUCUCUUCAUCGCAUUCACUGCCAUCCAGUAUAAGAGCGGAGACCGUGCAACAGUCCCCAGCCGUGUCUUCAGCAACCGCAACGUCUGGGGGUCUGCUCUAUUCGGAUCCUGCGUGACAGCCAGCUUCUUCCUAUUGCUAUACUACACCCCAGAUCCCAAUCUGGCUACAAGCCGUCAAGGGAGCCAGCGCCAUCAAGUCCGGGAUCAUGAAUCUGCCCAUGCUCCUGGGCAGCGUGAUCUUCUCCCUGCUAAGCGGUGUCCUCACCUCAUUGAUUGGCUACUACAUGCCCUUCGCCUACCUCACCGUGAUCCUCAUGUCCGUAGGCAGCGGCCUCCUAUCCACCCUGCAAGUCCACUCCGGCCAUGCCCACUGGAUCGGCUACCAGUCCUCGUCGGCGCCGGCGUGGGCAGCGGCCUGCAGACGGCCUUCGCCGCCCCGCAAUGCGUGCUCCCCCUCAAAGACAUCCCCAUCGGCACCGCCGUCGUCAUCUUCACAGAAAACCUGUCCGCCGCUGUCUUCGUCUCCGUCGCUCAGAACAUCUUCUCCAAUCAGCUGAGAACCAACCUGGCCACGUACGUGCCUGAGGCUGACGCGAGUGCUAUUUUAUCCGGCGGCGCCACCGAUAUCAAGAACCUCGUACCGCAGCACCUCUACCAAGGUGUGCUGUUUGCGUAUAACAAGGCCUUGGAUCAGACGUUCUAUGUGGCGGUCGCGCUGUCCUGUUGUGCCGUGCUGGGAGUUCUUGGUAUGCAGUGGGUGUCGGUCAAGAAGAGCAAGGAUGGUACGCCAUCUUAA